UCCAAAAAGUAUCCAGCGUUCUGAAAAAAGUAGCGAAUGUUCCAAACCUGCUGCAGCCCGCCCGCCAAAACUCAGCCAGCACAGGGGGCACGGGCUGGUGUGGUCAGUGUUACUCUCUCUGCUGUUGCAGCAGCAACCGCAGCUUCCAACUGGGCAAAGGGUGGGGGCAGCUGUCUUAUUUGGGUCUCAUCGCAGCGACUACUUCUGUUGCAGCGGAAAUUGGCUAAUACUUGUUAGCCGAACCUCUCUUCUCCCAGCCACCCCCCACUCCCUGAAACAUUAGCUCCUUCCCCCGUCCCCCAAUUGUGCAGGCGAACCAACCGGUCAGAGACGAUGCCCAAUGACUCAUUCAACAAGCCCUCGGCUUCUUCGGACCAUCAUGCCCAGGGGGGUAAGAUGGGCAGCUUUGGGAAAGCCGCCGUUCUGAUGGCUGCUACUACUCCUGCCGCAGGUGGAGGGGGUGCCGGGGUCUUAGCUCAAGCCACCACCGCCUCGGGAAAGAAGUCUCCCCGUCUCCCCAAGUGUGCCCGGUGCAGGAACCACGGCUACUCCUCGCCACUGAAAGGGCACAAGAGGUUCUGCAUGUGGAGGGACUGUCAGUGUAAAAAGUGCAGCCUGAUCGCAGAGCGGCAGCGGGUGAUGGCAGCACAGGUUGCAUUGAGAAGGCAGCAGGCCCAAGAAGAAGAGCUGGGGAUCAGCCAUCCCAUCCCUCUGCCCAGUGCCCCAGAGCUCUUUGUUAAGAAGGAAAACAAUGGUGGCAGCUCCUGUUUAUUGUUGGAAAGCAGCAGCCCAACACAUUCAACAAACACAGCAACUACAGCAUCCACCACCCCAUCAGAGGGACGGAUGCUCAUUCAGGACAUUCCUUCCAUCACCAGCAGAGGGCAUCUGGAGAGCACAUCUGACUUGGUUGUGGACUCCACCUACUACAGCAGUUUUUACCAGCCAUCCCUGUAUCCUUACUACAACAACCUUUACAACUACUCCCCAUACCAGAUGGCAGUGGCCAGUGACUCCUCCUCUAGUGAUAUGGGAGGCACACUAGUAGGGUCCCCUGUGAAAAACAGCCUGCGAAGCCUCCCAGCCACAUAUAUGUCAAGCCAAUCAGGAAACCAAUGGCAGAUGAAAAGCACAGAGAGCCGACAUGCCAUGAGCUCCCAGUACAGGAUGCACUCGUACUACCCUCCUGCCUCCUACCUGGGCCAGAGUGUUAGCACGCCUGCUUGUGUUCCGCAGAUCUUCACUUUCGAGGACAGCCCCUCAUACUCAGAGUCUAAAGCAAGCGUAUUUUCACCACCCAGCAGUCAAGAUUCUGGCUUAAUUUCCCUUUCCAGCAGCUCUCCUAUCAGCAAUGAAAGCACCAAAGGAGUACUGGAGUGUGAGUCUGCCUCUGAGUCUGGCACCUUCACUGUUAAUUCUGUCAUAGAAGAUGGCGAAUAAGCAAAAUUCAGCCCCACAUCUCUACUUUAUUCAGGAGAUCAAGUGCAUUCUGUUAUAAUGUUGUUUGUUUGCCUGUUUUGCAUUGACUGAUGCUGAAGUAACCAUUGAAAAAAAAAUGUUUGGUUUAUUCUUUUCAGACUUGUAUUAUAAUGACCAAAGACUUACAUUCCUAUAACAGUUUAGGGACCAGAGCUUCACCGACUGCAGUGCAGGUUAGGUAUUUUACGCUCGGUGUUAAUGCAGUAAUUCUCCUUACUAAAUCUACACUCAGUAAACUAUUCUUUAGUAAAGUCCUGGAUUGUGGCAUGAAUAAAAUAUAAUCAAAGUUCAGAUGAAAUGUUAGAACCCUUGGGGGUUUUGGUUCCAGUUUGCAUACACAAGAAUGCUAUAAUGUAAAACAGGUCAACUAAAUCCCUAACCAGUGACUGAAAGCAAGAUGAAUAGACACAGCCUUUUUUUUUUUUUUGGUAGAAAUUACUUUAAUUUGCUAAGAUACAAAGUAAAGUUACAAAAUAUUUUGCAUCAACUCUCCCUCCCCCCGCGGAAAAAAAAAACAGUUUGCGUUCAUGGACUGUCAAUUACAGAACCGAUUCAAAAUAAAGAAUCCUAAAGAGAAGUGAUAGUAGUUCUCUUAAGAAACUGACCACUUUUUCUGGGUGUUUUUUUUGUUUUGUUUUUGGGGGUUUUUUUUAGAAGUAGCAAGAGAGGAUGACUGAUAAAUCAUUUUUUAAAAAAUAAUCUUUUAUGAAGCAUUCUUGGAAGUUCUUUAUAGGAUAAUGCUACUAUACACUUACUAAUGGCAUAAAAUUAACAUUUUGCAUAUUACAGUUGAGUAUAUUCCAUUAGCUUGCAAUCUAAAUUGCAAGUAAAUGUCUUUUUAAAAGUUACUACGGAUUUGUUUGUUUAUUUUGUUAAAAAUUGCUUAUGGUGUACUCGCCUUGUGUUACAGAAGCCAACCUGAAAUGAAACUAGUCUAGAAAAAUUCAUUGUUCUCUGUAGUUGCAGCUGUACCUGAAAUAAAAAUGUUAUUGAUGACUGAA